UUUGUCUACAACAGCAUGGGCACCAUCRAYCARCMKGCCCUGGACCAGCUGUAUUAUGUAACAGAGCUGACAGAAUUAAUCAGGACAAAGUCCUCCUCAGAUCCUGAUGAAAUAGAAGAUUGCACAGAGUUUGUGAGUUUCUUUCCAGACUUUGUCUGGACUGUCCGGGAUUUCACCCUGGAACUGAAGUUUGAUGGUCACCUCAUCACAGAAGACCAGUACCUGGAGAAUGCCUUGAAGCUGAUUAAAGGGAGGAGCCACAAAGUUUCAAUGUUCAAUCAGCCCAGGGAAUGCAUUAGGAAUUUCUUUCCAAAACGGAAGUGUUUUGUCUUUGACCGGCCAACAAAUAACAAAGAACACCUUGCCCAUAUUGAGAGUGUCUCAGAAGACCAACUGGAUCCUAAAUUCCAGGAACAAACAAAUAGUUUCAGUUCUUACAUCUUCACCCAGGCAAAGAUCAAGACACUCAGAGAGGGRAUUGUGGUUACUGGCAAUCGCCUGGGGACUCUGGUGGUGACCUAUGUAGAUACCAUCGCUAGUGGAUCAGUGCCUUGUUUGGAGAAUGCGGUGACUACUCUGGCCCAGCGUGAGAACUUAGCAGCUGUGCAGAAGGCAGCUGACCACUACAGUGAGCAGAUGGCCCAGCGGGUGCAGUUCCCCACAGACACACUCCAGGAGCUGCUGGAGGCACACGCAGCCUGUGAGAAGGAAGCCAUCACAGUCUUCAUGGAGCACUCCUUCAAGGAUGAAAAUCAGGAGUUCCAAAAGGAACUGGUGAAAAUAAUAGAGGAGAAGAAGAACUACUUCUUGCUGAAGAAUGAAGAGACUUCUGAAAAAUACUGUCAGGAUGAACUGAAUUUGCUUUCAAAGACCCUAAUGGAAAGCAUUUUUGCAGGAACUUUCUCUGUUCCUGGAGGCCACAAGCUCUACAUGAAAGCAAGGGAAAAUGUUGAACAGGAGUACUUGCAAGUGCCCAGGAAAGGAGUCAAGGCAGGUGAUGUCUUCCAGAGGUUCCUGCAGUCACAGGCAGUAACAGAGAAAUUCAUCCUGCAGGCAGAUAAAGCCCUCACUGAUGGGGAAAAGGCCAUUGCAGAGGAGCGGGCCAAGAAGGAGGCAGCUGAGAGGGAAGAGGAGCUUUCAAGACAGAAACUACAGGAACAACAGCAACAGAUGGAGGCUCAAGAGAGGAGUUUCAAGGAAAACGUGGAGCAACUGAAAAAGAAGCUGGAGGAGGAGAGAGAAGAGCUCCUGAAAAACCAGAACACCAUGUUGGAGCACCAGCUGAAGAUUCAAAAGGAUUUGCUUGAGGAAGGAUUUAGGAAGAAAUCCAAGGAAAUGAAUGAAAUAAUUAAUCAACUGAAAGAAAGAAUUGAAGUUACAGAAAAUGAUAAUACUCCCUGGAUUGCAGGCGUGUUGGAUGCAUUUGGUGAUAACCUGACUUCAGUAUUGUCUGCUCCUGGUAAAUAUAUUGGUAAUCUUGUAAAAAAGUUUGCCUCCCUAUUUAAAAAGGAUUAGUUUAUCCUUAAGAAAUCUGUAGAUUGUGGUGUAUGCUUGGCCUGUUUUGAUGUGCAUGGUUUUCAUUUUCAUUCAGCAAAGUUUUAAACAAGAUAAAAAGUACUUCGUAGAAGAUAUCAGUGCCUGUCCUAUAUUAGACAGACAUAUAGCAUGCAUACAUUGGCAAAUGAUGUUCACUUUUAGGAAACACACACUUACAAUAUUAUACAUAUGUAAGAGUCAUUUGAUGCAUUGAUUUUUAACAGCAAAAAUUUGAUAACUACAUAAAAUUGGUACCAUAAAUUUUCAUAUGUGCUGAUAUUGGAAUAGCCAUGAAACAAAAUAUCAUGAAGUUCUCUAUAGCUUAAUAUAUAGUGAUUCUAAAGAUGUAAUGUGAAGUUCAAACCAUGUCUGAAACAGUGUAUG